UGAAAUGAGACCGUUUUGACUCAAUGCGAAAACAUGGCAGACAUCGAAAAUUUAAAGUGAAACGAAACAACAGUCUGUCAAUUUAAUUAUUAAGUCUUGUUGUGCAAAUUGAGCAAAUAUGUUUGUUGCAAAAAGUAUUCAGUCCGACCACAAAGACCUGAUUCAUGAUGUUUCUUUUGAUUUUCACGGAACCAGAAUGGCUACAUGUUCCAGUGACCAAUGUGUGAAGAUCUGGGACCAGGACAGCAGCAAUGGUGAAUGGAAGUGCUCCGCCAGCUGGAGGGUCCACAGUGGGUCGGUCUGGAGGGUGACCUGGGCACAUCCAGAGUUUGGCCAGGUGGUAGCUACGUGCUCGUUUGACCGGACAGCUGCCAUCUGGGAAGAGAUGAUGGGAGAAAACCUUGCAGAGGGUGAGCACCAUGCGUGGAUCAAGCGAGCCAGUCUUGUGGACAGCAGGACUGCAGUGACUGACGUCAAGUUUGCACCCAAACAUCUGGGAUUUUUACUUGCUACAUGUUCCACAGACGGGAUAGUGCGGGUCUACGAGGCCCCUGAUGUGAUGAACCUCAGCCAGUGGUCCCUACAGCAUGAGAUCUCCUGUAAACUCAAGUGUAGCUGCCUCUCUUGGAACACAUCUCGUCGUCACCCAGCCAUGCUUGCUGUAGGAAGUGAUGAUCCCAAUCCAUCUGCUGGGGGCAAGGUGCAGAUCUACGAAUACAACGAUGCCACUAGGAAGUGGAACAAAGUGGAAACAAUUGCCAUGGUAACAGAUGCAGUUCAUGACGUGGCGUUUGCCCCCAAUCUGGGGCGCUCCUAUCACUUGCUGGCUGUGGCAACUAAAACGCUCAAGGUCAUCAGUAUUGAGCCUUUAAGGAGAGAUGGCACUCUCAGUGGAGCAACAGGUCUGACACGGUUUGAGUUGCGCCAGGUCGGAGAUUUCCCCAACCAUGACUCUCAGGUGUGGAGAGUGUGCUGGAACGUGCUGGGUACAGUCCUCGUGUCUUCAGGAGAUGACAGCUGUGUACGCAUGUGGAAAGGUAACUACCUGGGUAACUGGAAGUGUAUUGCUGUGAUGAAGGGUGACGGUACUAAGAUAGACAUGGAGCGGAACCAGUCCACUCUCUACUCUAGGGACAAACAGACUGCACAACCAGUCAGUUCUUGGUAUCGCAGGGCCAGUGAGGGGACACCAGCACAAGGAGUGAUGAAUAUCCGACGUAGCGAAGGCUGGCCAAAGUUUACAACCAACAAGGACCAGGGCAAUGUGAUGAUGUGAUACCCUGGCAUGUAGAUGGAACAGAACACAGGACACAGAACACUGGCUUCUAUUGAUCUUUUUUGUAUCGAACAGUCUAGGUUUCGAAAAGAGUCUGUAUUUGAAAUACUAACUUAUACAAAAAUGAAUGGUCAGUAUUUAAAAAACCAAUAUGAAAGUUUUUUAGGCCUAGACAUUCACGUAGACAGAUAAAUAACAUUCAAAUUUUAUGUAAGCAAACUCAAUAAUUUUCGGACACUAAAUUUUUUCACAACCCCUUUGUUGGCCAAUAUAAAUAUUUUUUGCGACUCAAAAUUUUCGGACAUACAGAUUUUCUUCAAUAAUGUAGGACUCUUCAUUUUCGGACAGUACAAUUUAGUGCUGUUUUACCAGAUUUCGUCCCUUUUUUCGCUUAUCUGGUGUCCAUCAUUCUUUUUAUGACCUCAUUCAGGUGAUAAAACCUAGCAGGUGAAUGCCUUGGGCAAUUGACCAUAUCAAUUGUGUAAUUAGGUAAAUAACCAUCUAUAUGGGUAAUAUGCGAUAGUUUCUCCCCAGAGUGAUAACUGUGAGAAAUAAUUAUUGCUCCAGAACGAUUUUUAUUAAAGUGCAUUAACUACAGGUUCAUAAUAGAGUAUCAGUAAAUCAAAAGAUCAUCUUUUAACACUUUUGGUCAAAAAAUGACCAUUGGAGUAAUUUUCUGUACAAAAGAGCAUGAGAAAUUAUUUUAAUAAAGUGCAAAUAUAUGUAAAAGUAAAUACUAUACUGCGUGGUAUUUAACAAGCACAUGAUAUAAGUCGUUUAUACAAUGGUUGUUUUACAUGUUACAAACCCGCAUCAGAUCGAUAAUACAAUUUGUCUAGUUCUUCUAGUUUUUGUCUUAGUUUUUUUGUUUAUUACUUUUAAGUGUCAGAAAACAUAGGGUAAUUACAGCAUGUUUGAUGUGACACUUGUGCAGUUAAGCAAUCUAAUGUGUUUUGUGGUUUAAGUUCCUUAAAUUGUGUUAAAAUAUGCAAAUUCUUUUUUGUUAAGGUACAUGUGCUAUCAUUGUGAAAAUCAUUGUAUCACUUAUGUAAAUAAAUGCUUAACAAAG